CCGUGUGUUGUUACAUCGAUACGUUCCCGGAUCCGCACACCAUAAUAAAUAACAGAGAACAGAAAAAUGUUUUGUAACUUUGUAGCGAUUACGGCCAAAUAAAAUGCCCGGGAAAGGCAAGAAAAAAGCACCCGCCGUCAAAGCCGGUGGAAAAGAUUCCGCCGACAAAGGCUCAUCCGCUGGCGGAGCAGGCGGCACCGGGGACGACGAUGAAGUCGACGAAGAGGAACCGGAAGUUAAGCCAAAGAAGGGCAAAGGAAAGAAAGGAAAAGGCAAAGGUGGAAAGUCGUCCAAGUUCCAGGGUGAUCUGUUCAGUGAGGCUGCGAUGGAGAAUGCCUAUUACGUGUGUCAUAACAUACAGGAUGUGCUUAAGUCUCGUGGUUUUGCUUGGCCUGAUGGCCAGAAGAAGAAAAAGAAGGGAAAGAAAUAAACUGCGUUUUAUUCCGUUUAGUUCAAAUUGUUCGAAUUCGAACAGUUGGGAUUUUCAGCAGCCUACCUGUAGGCGCUACCGCAUAUGUUUUAUCGUUCAGUUGUUGACAGUUAUGUUAUCGUGUUAAAUAGUGUCGACUUUGUCCUUUUUGGUUGAUCAGCUAAUCGACUCGAUUAUGCAUGUACCUUCAAGUGGAAGGAAAAUAAAUGUUUAUUUUAAAUUGAUAA